AUGCCGCAGUUUCGCUGGUGCGACCAGGGGGACGUGGUGACGCACACGGCCUGGCUCAACCGCUCCAGCAUUCUGUACGCGGGGGAGGACAAGUGGUCAGUGGACCCCAGAGUCAGCCUGGUCACCCUCAACCAGGAGGAGUUCACCAUCAAGAUCGAGAACGUGGACAUGACGGACGAAGGGCAGUACGUGUGCGCGGUGCAGACCAGUCGAAGGCCCAGGACCACGUCUGUAGGCAUACUGGUGCAAGUCCCGCCCAAAAUCAUCAACCUGUCCAAAGACCUGGUGGUGAACGAGGGCUCCAACGUGACUCUGGUGUGUCAGGCCAGCGGCAAACCAGAACCUGCCGUCAGCUGGAAGCUCAUCUCUCCCUCCGGGGACUUGGGAUCGGAUGACGAGUUCCUGGAGAUCCCGUCUAUCAGCCGACAGAGAGCCGGGACGUACGAGUGUUCGGCCUCCAACGACAUCGACACGGACGUGCAGACUGUGGACAUCACCGUCAACUAUGCCCCCACCGUGUUAGAGGGCAGAGAUGUGGGCGUCACCCUGGGACAGCGAGGAGUUCUGGAGUGUGAGGCGGACGCCGUUCCGGAGGCCGACUUUGAGUGGUACAAAGACGACAGGAGUGGUGGGGGAAAGCAGAGCACCUGGAGGAAACCUGAGCAGACACGGGGAGAACAUGCAAACUGGGAUUCGAACCCAGGACCUUCUUUCCUGCUGAGAAGCGACAGUGCUAUCCGCUCAGCCACCGUGCCAAUUCUCAACGGUUUGGACGGCCUGGAGAUUGUGACUUCCGGAUCCCUUUCCAAGCUGACCUUCUUUAACGUGUCCGACGGAGACUACGGCAACUACACCUGCCUGGCCAUCAACAAACUGGGAAGCUCCAACACAAACUUUCUGCUCUAUGGGCCUUUUUGCCUGGCUGCCAGUUCACACGGCUCUCUUCGGACCGCUUUCUACCUGUGA